GCGGCGCGUCCGGUCAGGCGGUUCCGGGCGGGGCCGGGAGCGGGAGCGGGCCGGGUCCGGGAUGUUCCGCAUCGAGGGGCUGGGGCCCAAGAUGGACCCGGAGGAGCUGAGGCGGAAGAUGCGCCGCGAUGUGCUCGCCUCCGUCCGCAACUUCCUCAUCUACGUCGCCCUUCUCCGGAUCACUCCGUUCAUCCUGAAGAAGCUGGACAGUAUAUGAGCCGUCCGCAGCCGGCGCACGGAGCCGUGGCACGACCUGGAGCUGCUCUCUCCCGGGCGCCGCAUGGCUCCGGAGCGCCUCAGCUCAGCGUGUGCGGCGGGGAGCGAGCGCCGGGCGGGCGGCACGGGCAGGGCCUGCGGGCCCCGCAGGUGAAUGCUGGCCGUGCAGCGCUCCGGUGCGAUGGAGCGGUGACCCGAGACAGAACAUUGCCUGUGCUGUGUCAACAGAGCCCGUCUCCAGCCCGCACACGCCUGGCGCUGGCAGCUGCGCUGUGGCUGCCCGCCCCACCCCCGUCUGUGUGCGACACCCAGCCUCCUCUGCAUCCAGAUCACAAGCAGCUUGAUUUGAAAUAAACGGGAGAGCAGUUGUGUCA